CCUCAACUGUUUAUGCCUUCAAUGCUAUAAAAGCUAUGAAUUCAUUGAUAUAUUACUGCAAAUCAAUGCUAACAUACAAUCAACUCAUUUAUCAAUAUUUACUAAUUGUACACUCAUUUGAAACACCAUUUUCUUUGUAAUUGAUUCCCUAUUCAUAUAUCGUUAUAUAAAUCACAUUCAUUUCAAUUGCCAUUCAUUUGGUUCAACAUUUGGAUGACUGAAUGACCGCUGGAUUGGCCACCGAUUGGUCGCAUAAUUGCAUUGAAAUCCAAGCAAACUCAUAAGCCAUAGACAGUGAUAUCAACGCCAAUGAGUAUAGCGUGAAGUAGUGCUCAACUUUUCUACCAAUAUAUCAAUCAGUGAUUGUGAUUGCCGUCAGUCGUGUCCACCCGAUAUCACCACAAUGUCUAACAAAGUGGGCUUUUGGGCGUCCGACAAGAAGUGUCUCAAGAUUAAUGUGUCCGAACUCGAGGACCACUUGCGUGUCCAAGGGUUUCAGUUGAUUAAGAUUGACUUGAAUGCACCGCUCGAACCUCAGGGUCCUUUCGCGGCCAUUAUCCACAAGUUAGCCGAUGUCAUGGUUAGAGCCCAACAAUCGGACAAAUUGGCACAAAAGCAGAUCCAACUCUUUGAGGAUUAUGUGGACAAACAUCCGGAAGUUGUCAUUUUGGAUCCGUUAGAGAAUGUACGCAAACUGUUGGACAGAUACCGUCAGUACAAACUGAUCGAUGACAGUGAACUCGCGCGCGAAGACGGAGUGUUUACCCCGACUUUUGUCGAGUUGACUACAAGUGAUGUGAAUGAAAACCUACAGAAGUUGAGGGCGGCGUCUGUCAGUUUCCCUUUCGUUUGCAAACCACUGGUGGCUCACGGAUCCAGUUAUGCUCACCAGAUGUCAUUAAUAUUUGGCACAUCGGGUCUUAAGACUAUAAGCCCUCCCUGUGUCGCCCAGACUUUUAUCAACCACAACGCCCGGCUCUUCAAACUGUUUCUAAUCAAAGAUCAAUACUUUGUAAUCGAGAGACCGUCGCUCAAGAACUUCAAACGCGGAGACACCGAUUGUGAGCCCGUGUUCUUCGACAGCCACGACAUUUCCAAACCGACGUCUUGUUGUGCUUUAACCGAAUUGGACCGAAAGGAUCAGACCUGUGAGACACGUGACCCCGAAAAGGCCAGACUCGACCGCAUUGUCAAAGUGGUGUCCGACAAAUUGGGCCUCACUUUGCUUGGCAUCGAUGUCAUCAUUGACAAUAAGACGGGUCGUUAUGCCAUCAUUGAUAUGAACGCAUUCCCAGGCUAUGACGGCGUCGACUCUUUCCUUCAAAUUCUUUGCGAUAUAACGGUUGAAGAGAUCGACAAAAAGAGGAAAGGGAUGAAAGGGAUGGCAAUGACGACCGAAAUGAGCGAAACCAACGAAAUAAGUGCCACAACAGACACAUCCGACACACAAGACAUAACGUGCCUUCCAUUGCAAUCCGUGGUCACGUCCGACACGGAACGCACCACACAAUCGAAACCUCCAGUGAUUGUCACCCGAAGUGAGGACAAGUGGACCACUAAGACAUCGAAUGGUGGCACGAUAGACAAGACAGUGAUCCAGAGUUUGCCACAAAAUGGCACAGAAUUCGACUCCGGAAUCGAUACGUCCGACUCGUGCGAUGAGAACAAGUAUAAGAAGCAGUCUGUGGUCAAAGUGGUCCGAAGACAACACUCUCGCAGUUUCACUCUUCAGACCACUUCCAGAACCGAUGAUUUCAAUUCCAUUUAAUCCAAACAACAAAUACUUUUUUAUCUAUUAUUUAAUCAUAAUUUUUAUGAAAUAUUCAAUUCUUAAUAAAACAGAUAUUUAACAAAAA